AUUCGGAACAGCAACAGAAAAAAAAAAUUAUAAACCAAAAUUAUAGAACACCACCAACCACACUGACAACACCAAGAGUUGAAAUACAAAGUCAAAAAAUUAUCUAUUCAGUAAAAUUAUUAGAGUUUACAAAAGUACAUAAAUACAAACCACCAAUUCUAAUCAACACUUUGAAACCUACGGACGUUUUGAAUUCUGAAGCAGCAUGA